AGUGGCUCAGCUGGGCUGUUGCCGGGCUGUGGGCCUGGGCUGGGCCUCAGCCGUUCUUCCCAAGGCUCACCCGGCCAAGCUCACGCGCAAUGUGGGGUCAGGCGGAGGUCACCAAGUUUGCAGAGAAGCACCGUCUCGGUGAGGGGGCCCGCGCCGACCUCAAGAAGAUGUUUGACAGCUUCGUGACCAAGAGCAGGAGGCGGGUCACCGUCCGGGUGCCUGCGACCACUGCCAACAUGGGCCCUGGCUUUGAUUGCGCCGGCAUGGCGCUGGAUGUGUGGAAUGAGCUCACGGUGGAGCGAGCCUCGAGCUUCUCGAUGGAGAUUGAGGGUGAAGGUGCCCAGAAGUUGCCUCGGGACAAGUCCAACCUGGUGGUGAAAGGCGUGGAAGCAGCAUACAAGUAUAUCGAGCAGGAGGUGCCAACGCUGAGGUACUACACGUUGAACCGGAUCCCCUUUGCCAAAGGCAUGGGUUCCUCCUCUGCAGCCAUCGUGUCGGGUAUUCUUGCUGGCCUAGCGCUGGCGGGGUUCAACUUGCAGGUGAAGAAUGAGGAGGAGCUGUUGCAGAUUGCCACAAACCUGGAAGGGCACCCAGACAACGUGGCGCCGUGCAUCUACGGCGGCUUCCAGCUGGGUAUCCACAAUGGUUCUCGCUGGUGGACAGACCGCGUCACCAUGCCGCAUGGCCUGAUGUGCGUGGUCUUCUGUCCUGACCACGCGACAGAAACGAGUGAGGCGCGGCUGCUGCUCAAGGAGCAGAUCGCGAUGCAGGAUGCGAUUUUCAACUGCGGCCGUGUGGCUGUUUUGGUUGCAGCCUUUGCGACCGGGAACAUGGAAUGGUUACGGCACGGCACGGAGGACGCGCUGCACCAAGAACAGCGCGCGCCGAUCCAUCCACAUCUCAAGCCGCUGAUCCGAGCCGCCCUGGACGCCGGUGCCCACGGCGCGUGCCUCUCGGGAGCCGGUCCCGCUGUCAUCGCUUUCACCAGCGGUCGCUGUGGCGAUGUCACUGCGCAGAAGGCCUCUGAGCGUGAGGAGUUCAACGUGGCAGAAGCUCUCAUUGCGGCAGCUGAUGAGAUCGGUUGCCCUGGGCACGUGCUGAUCACCAAACCGGUUGAGCACGGUGGGUACAUUGUGUCCGAGACAAAGGUCCUGGACCCUGAGAACCGUCGUAGUCGGAUACAUUAUGUCCAAGAUUGAGCUGCCCGUUUCAGAGCCCGUCUGGGAG